AGCUUUUCACCGUGGUAUUCCCCGUCAAGUUACAAGGAAAUAAUCAGUUUACGUAAGGAGUGAACAGGCGUUUUGUUUUCAGUAAGCACUCAAUUUAAAUCGAAUACAUUCUCUUUAUCUUACUGUUGCAAGAGUGAACAGCAGCGAACAGCGCGUGUCUGUAAAUCUCUCUCUCUCUCUCUCUCUCUCUCUCUCUCUCUCUCUCUCUCUCUCUCUCUCUCCCUCUCUCUCUCGUUCACAGGUUUCUCUGUCUAUCUAGUCCAGGAGGAUUUGAGCCAUGAACGCUCCUAAGUGCCCUGGUUGCCACAAAUCAGAAGGUACCAAACAGGUUGAUGGUCAGCGCGCGGUCUGCAGGUCGUGUUCUGAAGCGAAGCGGCGCGUGUUUAACUUCUGCUGCGCGUGUGAGAGAGAAUGGGCACGCGACGCUUCAAUCGCCAACUGCUCGCUGCCAAACUGCGCGCUCCGCGCCGCACUCCUCAGCGAUAAACAGAUCGACGACCCUCGCAGCUCAGCAAAAGGUUGUCCGUACUUUAGAGCCUGUCCAGGGUGCAAGACCCUACUCACUCAUAACGGUGUUGGGUGCCCUAAAAUCAAUUGCCCUAAAUGUGGUACAGAGUUUUGCUUCCGCUGCCUAAAUAAAUUGUGCUUUGGGAUCAAUGAUUUGACUUUUCUUCGUUUGCAGCGUGGACUCUCUUUAUUUCAAGACAAUUCUAUAAAUCCGUGUAGAGUGGUCAAUAAUACGCAGAUGCUUGCCGUUUUAGGACUGUAACUACUGUAUGUUUAUUUUAAUCUGGUAAUUGGUCUAACAAUUGUAUUUAGAGUCAUAAAUAAUUGAUCUCACCAAGCUGACAACUGUAUGCAUAACCUUUGUGAUAUAAAAAAUCAAUGGGAAUUAAUUUGUCUUAAUUCAUUAAUCUACUAUGGAUGAUUAAGAAAUUAUUUUUAUUCAGUUAAAUAUAGGUCCUUUUGUAUGCCAAAUGUAAACUUGACUGUAUACCACUAGACUAACAAAUCUGUAUAUGAUAUGUAUAUGUAAAAAAUAAAAUGUGGUUGAAAAGUUAUUUUUCUGCAGUUUGGUCAUG